AUCACCAUCACUAGGAGUUCCGCGAUAUUAUUUUGUGGUUAUUUUAUGCGCGCGCCAAUGCCGACUUGCAUGCCGGCGUUGCGUUGGUUUGGAAAAAGUGCAUUUCUAACUGACAUCUGGAUAGUUAAGUGACUGCAUGACUCGCAAAGGCCCCAGCCAGACUGCAUAGAUAACCGCGCGAGAUUACCAAAAUAUUAAAGAGAUGCUAACCCUACUAAUUCCGCUGGCGGCGACUGCCAUACCUGUUUGUGCCAUUCUCUUUGUAGCCGGCACGUUUCUUUUCAAGGCUUAUAUUAGCAUACGAUCUCGCUACGAUGCACGGGUGAACUGCUGGUUCUGCAAUGGCAACGCACGAGUUCCCUACCAGGAUCGCAACAGUUGGACCUGCCCGUCGUGUGAGCAGUACAAUGGAUUCACCAAGGACGGCGACUACAACCGGGACAUGACGUCGCAGCGGGACUGCAGCCUCGGCUCCCAGAAGAACAGCUCCAAAGGCAGCUCCAGCAUCUGUGCCAACUCGUAUUACUCGGAUGUCCUCACUGCUCAUACUCCAGCUCCCAAAAAUGGCCUGUGCGACCAGUGCAACGAGGCGCAGCGCCUGAAGGUGGAGAAGCUCUCGCAAUUCGAGCCUAAGAACGAGUCCCGAUUCGAUCAGGAACUCAAGGUUUACAGAGAACGACUGGAGAAGCAGUUUCGCCUGUGCAGCAGCUGCGAACGACAUGUGAACAAAGUCCUGCACGAGAAGAAGAAAAUGGUGCUGAGCUCCAAGUUCCUGAACUACAUCAUCAAGGGAGCAUCGCUGCUCAAGCAGCCACACUUCAACCGAUUGGCCAGUGCCCAAAAGCAGUACAAACUGCAGCGAUACCGCGCUCUGAUGACCAUCCUGACUGUGGUCAACAUUGUAUGCCUGCUGUGCCGGCUGCCAAAUGCAACUGCCAUUCAGUUUACUUCUUACCUUGGAAAAUUCUUUGGGCUAACCUUGUUCUAUGCCUACUCCCAUGUUCUGGCCUUCUUUAGAGUGGUAACUUCGGAAGUGGGACUUUUCCUGGAGCAGCGUGAAAUGACAGCCAAACUUUUAUUGUACGGCCGCACCUUUGGCAAGCUCUUGCUGUAUUCGCUGGGUUUGAGCCAACAGCAAGUGCAGCAGGCAACCUUCGCGUCCUGCUUUAUUGGGCUCUACCCAUAUGCCAUGCUGGCCCUGUGUUUUCUGCACAAGAUUUACGACGGAUUGAAACUUACGCGAUUCACCAUUGCUCUACUGCUUUGGAGUGCGUAUGCCAUGGGAAUUGAGCUCCUGGAUCCUUACAUCAAUGGAAUAUCUUUUAUACUAAUGGGAAGUAUUGUCACCCUCAUUUUGUUGGCCACCAACCGGACCAAUCUGUUAAGCCAAGUGAACCAGGACGAGGCUGCCUGCGAGAGCUUCCAUCGCCUCUGUGCGGACGAAUGCGAUGAGGAAACACUGAGCAUGCUCAGUCAGCAGUUAAGUGGAUGCAGCGAUAUCAGCAAUGGCAGUCUGUCCAUUCCCAACGCUUCCGUUUGCCACUCACCCGCCCCCACGAUUUCCCAGCGAACAAUCCAGGCGCCUGCUUCUCUGCUGUCCCUGGACUCGUUGCAUCUGUCGAAGCAACGGAUGGAACAGCAGGCGGCUUGGUCUUCAAACUAUGGAGGUGCCUCUACAGUGAUUGCCCCGCGAGCCCAGCCAGCGAUGAUGUUCCAACAGAAGCCCAUGAGGCCAUUAGAGUCACAAUGGUAUCGCCAUGGGCCAAGUAAUCUGGCCCAAGGCCAUGCUUUCACUAGGUCUACGCAAAAUCUGUUAAUGCCAUCGCGUUUGCCGCCCAUAAGCAGGAAUGUCGGCGGAGCUGAUGUAAGCGCUUGGGUGGCAGCCAAUCAGAGUGUCAACCAGGAUCUGAGCACUGCCAGUCUAAUGAGACAUUACGAAGAGAAACAGCAGAAUCAACUUUCCCGCACAUCGUCUCAAUCUUCUGGAUUUGAGUCGCAGCCACGUCCAGAAACCCAAUGGGGAACCGCUGCUCCAACUGUAAGGGACUACGGCUGGUCCGAAGCCCGUGAGAGUCAGCGAAAUCUCGCAGUUUUUCCGCCAAUGCCAUCGCCCACACCCACAAUAACGCCUAGUGAAUAUCAAUACUCGAGGACAACUCUUCCGCAGCAGCAGCCAACUAUUCAGCCGGGGGAUUUACUUAGAAAGUGGAUCGAGAGUAGCUCAAAAUCCUCUCAACCAAUCCACUAAUAUGGGAUAUAAGGUCAUAAAUAUCUAGAAGAACAUAGAAAAAUUAUUGCAUUUACAAAGACCACAAGGAUCAAUGGGAUUGUUAAAAUGCUGGAAAAAAUAACCGUCAGUUAGCGAAUAAUACAAAUUUGACUUAACUUAA